ACCCUGCAUUUUCCAAUGAUAGGAGGAAUAAUAGGACUUGGGGAAGCAGAGGAAGACCGAGUUGGCCUGUUGCAUACAUUGGCAACACUUCCUACGCAUCCGGAGAGUGUUCCCAUCAACGCUCUGGUUGCAGUUGAAGGAACACCACUUCAAGACCAAAAGCCAGUUGAAAUAUGGGAGAUGAUUAGGAUGAUUGCCACUGCUCGUAUUGUUAUGCCAAAGGCAAUGGUAAGGCUAUCAGCUGGGCGCGUCCGGUUUUCUAUGCCUGAACAAGCAUUGUGUUUCCUUGCUGGGGCUAAUUCUAUCUUUACUGGUGAGAAGCUGUUGACGACAGCCAACAAUGACUUCGAUACUGAUCAACUAAUGUUUAAGGUGCUUGGACUUAUUCCCAAAGCUCCAAGUUUUUCUGAUUAGGCCACUUUGGAAGUAGAGAGAUGUGAAGAAGCACUGACGAGUUCUGGCUAAGAUUAUUGAUCUAGAAGCAAAGUAUCUUAGUAAGAUCAUUGCCCUGUAGUUAAUAUCAAAUUUAAAGGGAAGUUCUGUUGUUAUCUUUCCAAAUUGUGCAGGACUUAUUUGCAGCUAUAUAUACUGGGCCACAAAUACAAUGAUGAAAAUAUUGGCAAGUGAUUUCCAAAUGCAUGAGCAGGACCCCAUUUUGGACCAAA